UCUUCUCCUCAGGUCUUCUCUUCUAUUUCCUCUCCUUUCACUCUUUUCCUCCCCUCUAUUUUCUUCUUUCACCCUUUCCCCGUAUCUUCUCCUUUUUAAAUCUCUUCUCCCUUCACUUUCCCCUCUCCUCUUUUUCUCUCCUCUCCCAUUUCCUCUCCCCUCACUCCCCUUUUUAUUCUCCUUUCAUUCCCCCAGCUCUCCUCUCCCAUUUCUUCUCCUCUCACCUUUUCCCUGUCUUCAUCCCUUCCUUUCAUCUCCCCUCACUUUCCUUCUCUGUCCUUUCACCCUUCUCCUCUCCUCUUUCCCUCCUCUCUUCUCUAUUUUUCUUCCCAUCCUGUCUGCUGUAUUCUUCCCUGUCCUCUCCUCAUCCAUCUUUUUUAUUUUCUCCUCUCCUCUUCAUUCCCUUUCUUCCUCCUCUCAUCUUUUCCCUCUUCUCCUCUCCUCUACUUUCUUCCCCUCUGUCUGCCCCGGUCACCCUUUCCCCUGUAUUCUUCCCUCUCCUCUCCUCCAUCUCUUUUAUUUUCUCCUCUCCUCUCCUCUCCUCUCUUUGCGCACGCAUCCAAACCUCUCCCCCUCCUAGUUUCUCAAUGAAUGUGUCGCCCAGGUUCAACCCCUCCCACUUUGUGUAAGCUCUUAAUUGUCAGUCCUGACGAGAACUUGCGUAGGCUUAAAUACCGCGUGCGCCUCUCGCUUUGAGGGUGGAACUGACCAACCUGUCCAGAAGCGGGCAUCUCCUGUUUGUGUGUGUGUGUGUGUGAGAGAGAGUGUGAGCGCACGCGCGUGUGUAUACUUUUUUUUUGUCUUCCCGUUGUGCGCUUUGGUUUAUUUCUACCGACUGACCGACCGACCAACCGACCGAGCAGCAUGCAGGUGUCUCUGGCCCUCCUCGUCUCCAGCUCGGCGCUCCUGCUGCUCCAGGGAUGCUGCACCGCUGUGAAAGGAUGGAAGGUACUAAAAAAUGAUGCUACGGAGAUUUUACCGGAGUACACUGAAAAUACUCGGACGCCCCAGGAGGCAAUACCACAGGCGAACAACGCCAGGAACAACAGCAACAGCAACACUAUGAAUAACAGGGCGAAAAACGGUGGGAGAACAGCAAACACAGUCUCCUACAGUGCCUCAGAGCUGAGCUGCAGGGAGCUGCGUUCCACCCGUUACAUCACCGACGGAUCUUGCCGCAGCGCCAAACCCGUCAGGGAGCUGGUGUGCUCAGGCCAGUGCAUGCCAGCACACCUCAUGCCCAACUCCAUCGUCCGCGGCAAGUGGUGGAGGAGCAGCGCCUCGGACUACCGCUGCAUCCCAGCUCACUCCCGGACACGCAGGGUCCAGCUGCAGUGUCCCAACGGCAACACUCGGACUUACAAAAUCCGCGUGGUCACCUCCUGCAAGUGCAAACGCUUCAGGCCCCACCACAACCAGUCGGUGGCCAAGGAGGUCCCGAAGACGCAACGCAACAAGAAGCACAGUCGGUUGUCUCAAGAGAGAAAAAGGAACAACACGCCACUGACUGGCAACUCGUACUGAUGCUGCUCUCCCAGCAUCUAAAGGACAGAGACUGAAGCACAUUCAUACACACACACACGUCACACAACACACCAACCAACAUAUCUCCUUCAAAUAGGGAGGAGAUGCAAGAGAACUUUCAAAGAGAGCGAAUUCAUAAGCUAAUUGCUGGGCUGAGAUUAAGUCAUCCAUCUUUUAUUUUUCAGCCACUUGUCAGCAUAUUUGUGAACUUUGCUUAUUUGCAUGAGUCAGUGCCAGGGCUUGCCAUGACCGGGACUGGUCAGGAGAUGUAGCACCAUGUUGGAUAAUAAUGAAACAAGUAUCUGAUCACCCCAACAGCUCAAACCCUCCCUGGGCUCGGUUCUGUCUUCCACUCAAACAGAUUUCACUUAAGCAUAAUGAGAAGCACUCCCCGAGGCUUCGAGUCCAUCUGUACAAACAUCCAGCGGAUGCAGGGCUACACUGCACCGCAGCUCUGUUUAAAGCUGAGAAGGUGUAUCUCUGCUCCAAAGUGGUUGUAAUCCAUCUCCUUUUGGCUGUGUGUGGAGGAGAUGGUGGCAGCUCUGGGGGCUCUGACGGUGGGAUGUUGACAGUUUUGGAGAGGCCCCCGGCCUGUGCGGCGGUCUGCGCAGCUCUCUGACAGCCCACUAAAGGCCUCACUCAUCAGGACAGACCUACAGCACUCUUCACGCCGCAGCAGCCCCAGCCAGGCCUGUCAGUUACAGUAGCGCCUUUCCCACGACUAGAUACAGAGAGUCAGGAGAGACUGGGAGAGAACGCAGUUUUCUCAGCACUAACACCACAGGGGGGCACUGGGUAUUCCUGUGACUCCUCUUAAUUACUAAAUGAGCCCAUUCCUGUGUUAGGAUUUGAGUCAUAAAAAGAACAUUUCCUCUAGCCAGUUCCUGUUUGCUGGAAUCGCAUACAAAAAAGUGCACAUGUGUGUAGGAGGCAUCAGAAAAUUGUGCGUGGUUGUGUCGUUACCUAGGGGCAGAGCGCUAUCCAACACGCCCACACCGGAAUUCUUUUUUGUAACGGGCCAAAAUAAAGCAGCGAUCAACCAUCCGCAGCCAAAAUCCUUCUGUUGUGUUAGCCUGCAAGAUUCAAGACACCUCCAUCCCAUCUCUGCUCCCAUUCUGUAAAUAGCUCAGACAGGAAAGAUAGGAACAAAAAUAACCCUAAUGAAAACAAUAAUUCCGUUUUUAUCAUUGUAUUGACUGCUGAGAUCCGGCAGGAAGAGGAAGUGGUGAUACCUAGUCUGCCACAACCUCCUUCCUCAGCGAUGCCUCAGCAGCAGGACUGAACUUCAUGAAGAAUAUCCACAAUGUUUCCACAUAUUGUCAGUACUCUGUUGCUUUUCCGCUCAUAUUGCUUCCUGAUUUUGGUUGUCUAAACUGUACUGACAAUGUUUGCUUCUUUUUCCGACUUCUAUGUUUGAAAUAGCAACUGGAAGGGGUUUAUUGUGAAAGCUGAUAAGCUGCGAUGCGAACCUGUGUGGUCUCCUGCAGUGGUGCCCUUCACAUGACGGGGUGCUAAAGAGAAGCAGGGAGGGAGGGAGAGCUGUUUUCUACAGACACCAAGAAGGACUGAUAUAAAGAAUGAGCUGCAUAUUUAUUUUUUAUUUCCACAUUUAAAUUAUUUAUGCAACCUUUUGUAGUAAAUGAUAGCCAUUAUUGUCAUAUAGUAUGAUAGAGACUUUGGAAAUGAAAUACUGUACAGAACAUGAAUAAAGUAAAGGCAGAUAUAUUUGAAAGAA